AUGUGGGAAGGUGGUCUGGGUAACAUGAAAAUCCCGCUGUUGUCUGAUUUUACGAAGGAAAUAGCAGCGAAUUAUGGCGUUCUUGUGGACGCUGACGGCAUAGCAUUGAGAGGCUUAUUCCUAAUUGAUCCCGAAGGCAUUAUCAGACAUGUGACCGUAAACGACCUGCCGGUUGGCCGUUCGGUGGAUGAAGCCUUAAGAGUAUUGAAGGCGUUUCAGUAUGUAGCAAAACAUGGUGAAGUUUGUCCGGCCAACUGGAAGCCAGAUUCGCCUACCAUUAAACCAUCUCCGGAAAAAUCGAAAGAGUAUUUCCAUAAAGUGAAUUAA